CAAGGUGUGAACACAUUAAACCACACUACUGGUCUCUCCCAUUUCCUCCUGUCUCUCCCUCCGCCGUCUCUGGGUGGAGGAGAGGAUGGGCGUCCCGAUUCCAGCUCCCCUUCUGGUGCUGGUUCUGGCGGUUUUGGCCCCGGGGUGCCGGGCAGGGGACUGUAAGGGCCACAGGCAGGUUCUGAGGGCCCCGUCGGGGUACGUGACUGAUGGUCCGGGAAACUAUUCUGUGAAUGGAAACUGCGAGUGGCUCAUCAAGGCUUCUAGCAGUAACUAUCGCAUCAUACUGAACUUCACCUUCAUCGAAACGGAGUGCACCUAUGAUUACCUGUUUGUUUACGAUGGAGACUCGUACCAGAGCCCCCUGUUGGCCAGUCUGAGCGGCAACACCCUUCCCCAGCCGAUAGAGGCCAAGUCUGGAAAGAUGCUCCUCCACCUCUUCAGCGACGCCAACUACAACCUCCUGGGCUUCAACGCCACAUACUCCACCUCGGUGUGCCCUGGAGGCUGCGGGGGCCACGGGCGGUGUAACGCCACAUCCUCCCGUUGUCAGUGCCACCAGGGCUGGGGAGGGUCCGACUGCAGCACCCCCCUCUGUGCCCAGGCCUGCUCCUUACAUGGCCAGUGUGACAAGAAAGGUGAGCUUUGCCUGUGUAACUCAGGCUUCAUGGGACGGAACUGCCAGUUGGGUCUCCGUGACGACAGCGGGGCGGGGCAAUGGUGGGAGGUGAGCGACGGGGAUGCAAAGAUCCCCCCACGCACUGCCUCCGCUGGGGUCUACCUCUCCUCCACCGGAGCCAUGUACAUGUUCGGAGGCUUUGACUUAAACAGAGCCCUGGGAGAUCUGGUGGAGUUCAAUUUCUCAACCAGCAAGUGGCAGAGGAAGUCCCAUCCUAAUGCACCAGCUGCUCGUCACUCCCACACAGCAGUGGAGUGGCAGGGGAACAUGGUGAUCUAUGGUGGAGAGCUUGCCAACCACACAUUGGCCAGUGAUGUCUGGCUGUACCGCCCACUGCAGAAUGACUGGCAACAGCUCGGCCAAUCGGACGCCCCGGGGGCGCCGAGGCUGGCGAAUCAUGCAGCCGCUGUUGUGGACAACGAUUUGUACGUAUUUGGGGGUCGGACAGAGGAGGACAUGUUCUCCUCCUCUCUCUAUCGUUUCGACCUGUUGGAGGGCGUGUGGGAGGCGGUCCAGCCGUCGGGAGGGAAGCCCCCCGCCACCGCGGGACACAGCAUGGUGUACCACGCCCCUUCCAGGACCCUGCUGGUCUACGGGGGGCACCGGCCAACCACCGCCAGGUUCAGUGUGCGUGUAAACUCCACGGACGCGUUCCACGUAGACCAGCGCUUCUGGACCUCUUUCCGCUCUCGUUUCCCUGCCAACGGACCCAGAGAGAGGGCCUUCCACUCGGCAACGGUGAUCGGCAACUACAUGGUCGUGUACGGAGGAAACGUGCACAUUCAUUACACGGAGGAGAAGUGCUACGACGAGGAGAUCUUCUUCUACCAUCUGGGCUGUCACCAGUGGGUGUCUCCAGGGGAAAGCCUCAUCCAGAGAGGCCAGUCAGUGAGGGGGCGGUACUCCCACGUGGCCGCUGUCAUGGAGGGCCGCGUGCUGCUGGUUGCCGGGGGUUACAGCGGCGUCGCCCGUAGAGACCUGGUGGCUUACAAGGUUCCUCUGUUUGUCAGCAGUGACCCUGGAGACAGGGAUGCGGUGUGUGCAGAGGCCCCAGACGAGAGCUUGUGUCUGAAAAACCCAGAAUGCAGUUGGUGCGAGGGGCGCUGUAGGGAGUACCAUCCCACUGACCCGUGCGGCAGCAACGGGUGUCUGGGCCUGGCCCGUUUCCUGUCUGACUGCCAGUCGUGUCUCGUGUUCAGUGGCAAGGCGGGCUCUCUCCCACGCGCCCCCGGAGACUUCGGCUGGUGUGUGCAGAACGAGUCCUGUUUACCUGUGUCAGAGCGCAGUGCGUGCCGCGUGGACCAGAUCUCGGGGGCGUAUGGCUGGUGGGGGGAGCGGACGCGUUUUCUUACCUCCCUCCACUCCUGUCGCACCGAGAACUAUGUCCCGGGACUGCACCUGCUCACCUUCCAGCACCCGCGCAACCACUCGCAGCCCGACAAGGUUUCUAUCCUGCGCAGUACCUCCAUCACCCUUAACCCCUCCACAGAGAUGGACGUGACCCUGCAGUUUCGGGGCUUCAUUCACCCCCUGUGGGGCGCGCCCCCACCCGCGCCCCCGCCCCAGGAGACCGUCUCCAUGUGGGCCCGCAUCCAAAAACUCCACUUCUUCGCCCAGAUGGCCCCUGGACCCAACUCUCUGCUACUGACGGACGUUCUGGCUCAGUGGUCCGCUCAGGAGGAGAAGGAGGUACGGAUGCUCACCAGGCCCGACGGAUCUCGACUCUUCCAGAACCUCACCCGGGGCAACCGAUACCUGGUCCAGGCCGAGGGUUACCUCAACAACUCUGCGUCGGGUCAGACCAGCGAAAUGGCCCUCACGUGGAACCGAACCGCCUUACCUGGAGGCAGUGAGAUCUCUUUCCUGUUCCUGGAGCCGUACCGGUCGGGUUCGUGCGAACACUACCGCUCGUGCACAGCGUGUUUGUCUGAUCAGUCCUGCGGCUGGUGUCCCUCUCUCAGCCUGUGUCUGCUCCGCUCCAACACCACCCACCAACCCUGCACCGACCCCCAGGGAGGAGAGAAACACCACCUACUGCUCCACCCGCAGCACUGCACCCUGUGUGAGGAGUACAGAGACUGCACCACAUGCACACAGGAUCCGUACUGCGAGUGGCAGAUCAACUCCAGUAAGAAGGGGGAUUACCUGUGCAGUCGCCGCGGGAGACUGGAGGGUUCCAUCCGGGAUCCGGGAGGCUGUCCCAAAGUCUGCAACCAGAGAACAACAUGUGCCGAGUGUUUGUCUAACUCCAGUCAGUGUGCGUGGUGUGAAUCAGCUCAGGCUUGUUUUUAUUUCGCGGCCUAUCUCACCAAGUUCCCUUACGGCGAGUGCAGGGACUGGUAUGACAGUGUCCACUCUGUUCCUCAGUGUAAGCAGUGCUCUGCUCUCAGCACAUGCUCAGAGUGUCUGCAGACUUUUCAGUGUGGCUGGUGUGGUGACUAUAACAACCCCACCAUCGGCAGGUGUCUGAGAGGUGAUUGGGCGGGCAUGGACGACCCCUCAGCGUAUAACUGCAGUGUGGCUGUGGCAGAAGCACGAGAGACCACCCCCGAGCUCCAGACGUCCUCUCCCCCGCGGCUGAUGGAGAUGGAGCCGGAGCCGGAGCCGGAGCUGCAGCAGGGGAUGAUGGAGGGAGACAGGGAGGCGGUGUGGUCGUACCCGUCCUGUCCGGACGUGGAGGAGUGUCGGCUGGGCCUGCACGACUGUCACGACUUUGCCACCUGCGUGAACACGCCCACGUCCUACGAGUGCCACUGCGAGAGGGGCUACACCGGCGACGGGGUCAGACACUGUAACAAAACCUGUUUUAAUGAGUGCCGACAGGGGCAGUGUAGCGGCAGCCCGCGGUUCGAGUGCGAGUGUUCUCUGGGCUGGACCUCGGACCCGGCCACACUGGUGCUGAGCGGAGUGGAGUGUGACAUCGACUGUGGCUGUAACUUCCACAGCACCUGCAUCACAGCGCCGGGAAUCUGUGACCAGUGCCAAGAUUGGACCACGGGGCCUCACUGCGAGCACUGUCGGCCGGGCAGCUUUGGCUCUGCCUUGGCUGGGGGUGAGGGGUGUGUGCCCUGUGAGUGUAAUGGGCACGGUGACCCCCUCCAGGGGUACUGCCACAAUCAGACAGGACAGUGUUACUGCACUCACAACACACAGGGCCCCCACUGCGAAUCCUGCCUGCCCGGUUACUACGGCGACCCCAGGAACAACGGCACGUGUUUCCGGCAGUGUCAGGGUCGUUCCGUCCUCCUCUCCUCUCCCUCUUCCUCUUCUCUUCCUCUCUCGUCCUCUCUGGGCUGGCACGGGGCGGCCGGGGGCCAGGGGGGUCUCUCCCACUGCCUGUGGGUUUUCUCUGUCUCCGAGGACCUGGCGCCCUGCCUGCCCGGGCAGCAGUGCCCGCCCGUGGCUCUGACGCUCCACCCGGACUCUUACACACAGUGCACGAGUUCCUACGUUUAUGUUUUCGACGGCCUGCCGAGGUUCCUCAGCAACGGCGUGGUUCACUCAGACCACAACCUGAUUGGCGCGUUUUGCGGCACGACGAGGAACCGGCCAAUCACGGUCGAGGCUACGUCAGGCGUGAUCUCCGUGUACUUUGAGGCGAACGUGUCGUCGGGCCGGCCUCAGGGUUUUAACGCCUCGUUUUGGGUGAGGCGCUGUAAGGAGGGGGGCGGCGGGGACGGGGAGCACGGGCUGUCGGAGUGCCCGGCCGGUUCCCAGUGCCACGACGGGCUCUGCCAGUGCCCCCCGGGCCUCGGGGGUCCGUACUGCGACCGCCCCGUGUGCCCAGGGAACUGUGGGGCAGAGGAAGGAAGAGGCGUCUGCAAUGUGACUCUGGGAGUGUGUGUGUGCACAGAGCACUGGGCCGGACCAGACUGCUCCUCGUCCGCUGACUCUGCCAGCAUGGUGUGGGAGACACUGUUAGACACUCAGCUCACUGCGAACCCCGCCCACAGAUUCCUCCAGAGGAUGGGCCACUCUUUGAUCUCAGGACCACAGGGCACGUUAUGGAUGUAUGGAGGCCUCUCGCUCUCAGAGGGCAUUCUGGGAAAUGUGUACAGGUAUUCUGUAGUCGAGCGUCGCUGGACUCAGAUGCUGACCAGUUCAUUUGAGGAAGGCUCCGCCCCCUCGUCGCGCUAUCAUCACGCCUCUGCUCUGGUGUCCAAUCACGACCCUCAAGGGACCGUUCACCCCAUGAUGCUUGUGGUGGGCGGUGUCACACAGAAAGGUGUCGCUAUGGAUACCUGGAGCCUCAACUUAAGCAGUCUGGUGUGGAAAGAGUAUAAGAGCACGGUGCUGCCCCCGGUGGCCGGUCACACUCUGACGGUGCGGAGGGAAUCCACAGUGCUGCUGAUCGGUGGGUACUCUCCAGAAAAUGGCUUCAACCACCACCUACUGGAGUUCAACCCUCAGUCAGGGAACUGGACCGUGGCACCGCACACUGGCACUCCCCCUACAGGUCUUUAUGGUCACACCGCCGUGUAUCACGAGCAGACGGACGCCGUGUACGUGUUCGGUGGAUACCGUUUCCACGUGGAAGCCGUGGAACCUUCUGGAGAACUUUACAGCCUCUAUUAUCCAAACCUGACCUGGUCUCUCCUUGUGCCUUCUCAGGGGAAUAAGCCCCUCUCUCGUUUCUUCCAUGCUGCUGCCCUGCUGAAAGACACCAUGGUAAUUGUAGGAGGCAGAACUGGAGAAGAGGAUUAUAGUAACAGCGUGUCCCUCUAUCAGAUCAACUGCAACACCUGGAUACAGCCAGUCUCUUCAGUAGGGGAGCCCGUUAACCGCUCGGUCUCCUUGGCGAUGACAGGCAUGGGGGGUCGUCUGUUCCUGUCGGGAGGCUUUAACGGGGUGGCGCUGGGGCGCUUGUUGACCCUGAGCGUGCCCUCUGACCCCUGCGUUCUGUUGCCCAGCCCUGAGGCGUGUAACAGCAGUACGGGGAGCUGUGUGUGGUGCAGGGGAGGCUGCGCCUCCUCAGACAUCGCCGAGAGGUGGGGCUGUUCAAUCGGUCAGUCGCCCUGUUCCCCGACCCCUCGUCAGCCUGAUCAGUGUCGCAGACUGAAGACCUGCAGUGAAUGUCUCGCACGCCACCCUAAGACCUUCUCUAGCCCUGGACAGCCUGCUCUGCAGUGUAAGUGGUGCACUAAUUGUCCAGAGGGGGCGUGUAUCAGCAGUGCAGUGAGCUGUACGUCAGAGCACGACUGCAGGAUAAACCAGAGAGAGAUCUUCCUCUCCAGUAACUGCACUGAGACCAGCUGUGAGGCGUCAGACUGCCCCAAAUGCACCGCCUCUGGGAAAUGCAUGUGGACCCGCCAGUUCAAACGCACCGGGGAAACCCGCCGCAUCCUGAGCGUCAACCCCACUUACGACUGGACCUGCUUCAGCUACGCCCUGCUCAAUGUGUCUCCCAUGCAGGUGGAGUCUUCUCCACCCCUGCCCUGCCCAGAGCCUUGCCACCAGCUGGGCACCUGCAGCCAGUGUCUCAGCUCCCGCGGUGCUGACGGAGGCUGGCAGCACUGUGUGUGGAGCAUGUCCCUACAACAGUGUAUGAGUCCGUCCUUCGUUCCUCUGCGCUGUGAGGCUGGUCAGUGCGGUCGUCUGCUGUCCGGUGGAGACUCCUGCUCUCCCCAGUGUUCCCAGCUCACCCAGUGCUCCCAGUGCAUUGCCAGACCUCAGUGUGGCUGGUGUUCCACUCGUGGGGGUAACGGAGCAGGACGCUGUCUACAGGGAGGACUGGACGGCGUGAGUGAGUCUCUGUGCCCUCAGUGGAACAGUAGCUGGUCAUUCCUGCACUGCCCGGAGGAGGACGAGUGUGCUAACGGUCACCAUCACUGUAACGUCACUCAGGACUGUCACGACCUGCCCCAGGGCUAUUACUGCACCUGCAGACAGGGCUACGUCCUCAGCAGUGUGUCAGGGCAGUGUGAGCCGGUGUGUGCGCAGGGCUGUGUGAACGGGACGUGCGUGUCUCCAGGAGUGUGUCAGUGCCAUUUCGGUUUCGUAGGGGAGAACUGUUCAUCUCAGUGCCGCUGUAACAAACACAGCAACUGCGCUGGAGUCACUCAGCCUGACGUCUGUCUGGAGUGUCACAAUAACACCAUGGGUCUGCACUGUGAGAAGUGUAAGCCGUUGUUUGUGGGCUCGGCAGAGGGAGGGGGGAUGUGUCGGCCAUGUCGAGAGUUCUGCAGAGGGAACAGUGAAGUGUGUCUGUCCAGGGAGGAGCUGAAGAGAGCGCUGGACCACAACUAUCCACUGGACCCUGAAGGGAUAAUGGAGUGGGUGAUGGAGGGUCCAUCAGAGGACAGUGCUGUGUGUGUGAAUUGCCAGAACAACAGUGUUGGGGACAAGUGCGAGAGCUGUCUGAGUGGUUAUUUCCAGCUGCAUGGAAAGUGUGAGAAGUGUCAGUGUAACGGCCAUGCUGACACCUGUAAUGAACGCGACGGAACAGGUUGCCCUUGUCAGAACAACACAGAGACCACCUCCUGUCUGAACACCCAACAGAAUGACAAGGAGUGCUACCGGCAACAGUGUGCCAAGUGCAAAGACUCUUUUAACGGGACUCCAGAGAACGGCAGGCAGUGCUACCGUCAGUUCAACGUGGACAACGAGUGCUGCUUUGACCCCACCUCACAGGUCAACUGCUUUCACGAACCCAACAUACGCAACCUGCCCAGGGGACGUACCGUCUUCUUCGCCGCCCAGCCCAAAUUCACCAACGUGGACAUCCGCGUCACCAUCGACGUCACGUUCGGAGAGGUGGAGGUCUACGUCUCCAACUCUCACACCACCUUCAUCGUGGAGGUCGACCGUCAGACUGGGAUCCACACCAUCAAGAUUGAGGACGAGCUGGCGACUGCCAGCGUCGGCCGAGGGGACAAGGAUCCUCCUCCGCCGUUUUCACCGAUAAAGAUGUUCACCAAUUCCUCAUCUUCGGCGCUCCUGGGGACUCCGCCCCAGCCACACUCCACCAAGUCACAGGGAGAGGCGAGGGAGGUGCGCGAGGAGUGGGCGGAGGGUCUGAUCACCUACAUCACCGUGUGGAAACCCCAGACGGUGCUGAUCGUUCGGGGCGUGAGGGACCGCGUGGUGAUCACCUUCCCGCACGAGGUUCACUCGCUCAAGUCCAGCCGUUUCUACAUCGCCCUGCGGGGGGUGGGAACGGAAGAACGGGACGGAGAAUCGCAGGGACUGCUCUUCCUCCGUCAGGACCAGGCUCACAUCGACCUCUUCGUCUUUUUCUCCGUUUUCUUCUCCUGCUUCUUCCUCUUCCUCUCCGUCUGCGUUCUCCUCUGGAAGGUCAAACAGUUCUUGGAUUUCCGACGCGAGCAGAGACGUCACAUCCAAGAGAUGACCAAGAUGGCGUCCAGGCCUUUCGCCAAACUCACCGUUUACCUGGAACCCGAGGAACCGCAGCUGGUCUACCUGCCGUCGGCGGGCGGGGGCAGCGCCGUGUCUCUGGCCCACGCCCGGACGGGCAAGCUGGGCGGGAUGGUGAUGGGCCAACGGGGGCGAGUGGGAGCCCCAUCCUACAAGCACGAUUCUGGCACCGGCACGGGCGUCCACCACCACCACCACCACCUGACGCUGGGCGGAGGCAACGGAGGCCAACACCUGCCCCUGCAUUACCUAAACGCCCAUCACUACGCCCCCACCUCUACCGCCAACCCCACCGCUCACCACCAUCACCACCAUCCGUCCUCUCACAGCGGCUACCAACACUUCUGCCGCUCCGACCCUUUCCUCUCGCAGCUCAUGGGCUUCUCCUACUCUUCCUUCAAGGUGGGGCCCAUCACCCUGGAACCCACGGACGACGGCAUGGCGGGCGUGGCCACCGUGCUCUUCCAGCUGCCCGGGGGAAUCCUGGCGCCCAACCGGGCGUGCCUGGGGUCGGCGUUGGUGACCCUGCGGCAGAAUCUGCAGGAAUACUGCGGGCACGGAGGGGCGGGCACACACCCCGGCGGGGGGGCGGGGCGUAAAGGCCUGCUGGGACACCAGCACCUCACUACAAUGGCCAUGUGAAGACGAGAGGAGAGGAGGAGAGAGGGAAAGAGGGAAGG